AUGGCAUGCCUCACGGCUGCGACUGGCCGGCGCCUCGGCGCGUCAGCUCGGCUCGGCGUAGCGAUCGUGGCCAGCGCAACUCGCCUGGACUCAACGCUCAGCCAGGAGCUCCCGCACGCGCUGGCGCGAUCAUGGCGCAUGCAACGCGCAGCAAUGCUCGCCUCGCCUCGCGCAAAUGCGACCGCGUCCUCGCAGCCGACAGUCCACCGCCUGCUAAAGAAGCACUGCGAUGAAUGCGGCACCGGCGACGCAUGGCAGGCUGGUCAUGACGCAGUUAUAGGGUGUCGUGUGCCGUCAGAGUGA